GGCGGACCAGUGCGGUGGAGGCUCGGCGGCAGGGCUCGGGCUGCGGCUCCGGGGCCGUCAUGGCGCUGCGGGCGGCCGUGUUCGACCUGGACGGGGUCCUGGCGCUGCCCUCGGUGGUCGGCGCCCUGCGCCGCACCGAGGCGGAGCUGGCGCUGCCCAGAGGCUUUCUGAAUGAAGCUUCCCAGACAGGGGGCCCAGAUGGCUCCAGUGCCCGCCUUAUGAGGGGAGAGAUCACAUUUUCUCAGUGGGUGCCACUCAUGGAAGAAGGCUGCAGGAAAUGUGCUGAGGUCUCUGGAAUCUGCCUCCCUGAGAAUUUCUCUGUAAGUCAAAUCUUUGGCAGAGCAGCUGCAGCAAGAAAGAUCAACCACCCCAUGCUUCAGGCAGCUCUUGCUCUCAGGAAGAAAGGAUACACAACCUGCAUCCUCACCAACAACUGGCUGGACGACAGCUCUCAGAGGGGCAGCCUGGCCCAGCUGGUGUGUCAGCUGAGUCCACACUUUAACUUCGUGAUAGAGUCGUGCCGGAUCAGCAUGGCCAAGCCUGAUCCUCAGAUCUAUAAGUUUGUGCUGGACACCCUGAAGGCCAGCCCGAGUGAGGUUGUGUUCUUGGAUGACAUUGGAGCUAAUCUGAAGCCGGCCCGUGACUUGGGGAUGGCCACCAUCCUCGUCCGUGACACAGACCCAGCCCUGACAGAACUGCAGAAAGUAACUGGGGUGCAGCUUCUCCAAACUGCAGCCGCUCUGCCAGUCCCGUGCAAUCCGAGCGACAUGAGCCAUGUGUAUGUGCCAAUAAAGCCUGGGGUUCGUCUGCAUUGUGUGGAGCUGGGCUCUGGACCUGCUGUGUGUCUCUGCCAUGGAUUUCCUGAGAGCUGGUUCUCUUGGAGGUACCAGAUCCCUGCUCUGGCUCAGGCGGGUUUCCGGGUACUAGCUCUGGACAUGAAAGGCUAUGGAGAGUCAUCUUCUCCUCCUGAAAUAGAAGAAUAUUCCAUGGAAGUGUUAUGUCAGGAGAUGGUCACCUUCCUGGAUAAGUUGGGCAUCCCUCAAGCGGUGUUCAUUGGCCACGACUGGGGAGGCAUGCUGGUGUGGAACAUGGCUCUCUUCUACCCUGAGAGAGUGAGGGCAGUGGCCAGUUUGAAUACUCCCUUUGUGCCAGCAAAUCCCAAUGUGUCCACAAUGGAGAAGAUCAAAGCCAAUCCCGUUUUUGAUUACCAGCUCUAUUUCCAAGAACCAGGAGUAGCUGAGGCCGAACUGGAACAGAACCUGAGUCGGACUUUCAAAAGCUUCUUCAGAGCAAGUGAUGGCAAGCCUUUUCUCAACGUGGGCAGAGUCCGUGAAAGGGGAGGACUCCUUGUGAAAACCCCAGAAGAGCCCAGUCUCAGCAGCAUCGUCACUGAGGAGGACAUUCAGUUCUAUGUGCAGCAGUUCCAGAAGUCUGGUUUCAGAGGUCCCCUCAACUGGUAUCGCAACGUGGAAACGAACUGGCGGUGGGGCUGCAAAGGUGUGGGGCGGAAGAUCCUGAUUCCGGCCCUAAUGGUAACCGCGGAGAAGGACAAGGUGCUCGUUCCUGAGAUGUCCAAGCAUAUGGAGGACUGGAUUCCCUACCUGAAAAGGGGACACAUUAAGGAUUGUGGACACUGGACACAGAUGGAGAAGCCCACCGAGUUGAAUCAGAUCCUCAUUGAGUGGCUGGAGACUGAUGCCAGGGACCCACCAGUGGUCUCGAAGCUGUAGGCUGUGGCACGUGCCAGCCCCCAGCAGCCCUUCCUCUGUUGGCACUGCUCUUGGAACCCAGAGGAGGCCUUCGCAGCAUCUCUCAUAAUCAGCAGUGUCAGUCCAAGGGGGUUUACUCCAAAGAGUGGUUUUCUUUCAAUGACGAGAGUCAAAUCUGACAUAAUUGUAGAUACAGGAAAAAUCACCUAUGAUUCAUUCAUUCAUUCGCUCUAAGGUGCUACUUUAAGAGUGGCUAAUGUUUAGAGGGGACAGAAUGGGAUGGUGAGAGGUGAUUUCUCUUUGACUAACCAGUUCAUAGUUGGUAGCAAAAUCAGCAGUUGAUUUGGGAGCAUGUCAGCUGAGAUUGGAACUCGUUUGUUUAAUAAAGCUUAAACAACAGUG